AUGAGGCGGGCGGCCGUGCGUCGCCGGCCCUCCUCCGGCUGGAUCGAUCCCGCGCAGCUGGCGACACGGCUAGCAACGGCACGCACACUGCCAGAGCUGCUCGAGACGCGGCGCCGCUUCGCGCCAGAGAUGGACUUCUCGCACGCGCCCGUUGCGUGGAGCCGGCUGGCGCGGUUGCGGCGGCGGCCUGCCGAGCGAGCGUGGCUCGACGAAAACUUGCCCUUUCUCGAGCCGCUUGCAGCACACACCGCGGAGCUUGUCGAGCAGAGCGAGGACAUCGAGGCCGGCAGGCGCGCAGCGCUCGCCUCGGCGCUCGUGGCGGCUGGCGUGCGAUCGGAGCCUCCGUGGAACGAGCUGUGGGAUGCAAUCGAGCGCCGUUCCGUCGAGAGCGCCCCGCUGAGUGAGUGCGACGAGUGCGCCUCUGUCGCCGAGGCGCUCGUCAACGCAGGCCACUCGUCGCAGCGCUACCUCGAGGCGGCGGCGCCGUGCAUCGCGGCGUUCGCCUCUGCGCUCGCGCGCGGGGCGGCGGCCUCGGAGGACCGGUCUGCGCUGCUGGGGCACCUCGCUGCGGCGGCGGUGCCAAAGCAGUCGCUGCUGCGGGCCAUCGCGGACGAGCUGCGCGUGCGGCCGUGGCAGCUCAAGCCUGCGGAGGUUGCCUUGCUCGCGGAGGUGUACUGCACACGGCUGCCCUCUGGCUCCGCUGGCGGCGGCGAGGGCGGCGCCGCCGCACUGGUGCCGUCACGGGGUGUGGUUGCUGUCGACUCGGCGCCGCUGCUCGAGUCCCUCGCCCGCGUCGCCCUCCCACGGCUCGACAGGUACAAGGCGUAUAACCUCGCGCGGCUGGCGCAAGCCGCGGCCGACCGAAUGAUCAUUUAG